GUCCUUCCCUGGGCGCCCAGGCUUUGCUCCGCGCCAGACCCGUCCCCGCCGCCCGGCCUCCUCUCCUCCGUCUGCGGCUCGUCAUCUCUGGGGUCCCAGCCUCCACGGGCCGGGACCACUGCCGCCGCUGCAGGACGGGGAGGCGGGCCAUGGCGUCCUGCGUGGGGAGCAGGACCCUGAGCAAAGAUGAUGUGAACUACAAGAUGCAUUUCCGGAUGAUCAACGAACAGCAAGUGGAGGACAUCACCAUCGACUUCUUCUACCGGCCGCACACCAUCACCCUGCUCAGCUUCACCAUCGUCAGCCUCAUGUACUUCGCCUUCACCAGGGAUGACUCUGUCCCAGAAGACAACAUCUGGAGGGGUAUCCUCUCUGUUAUUUUCUUCUUUCUUAUCAUCAGUGUAUUAGCUUUCCCCAAUGGUCCGUUUACUCGACCUCAUCCAGCCUUAUGGCGAAUGGUUUUUGGACUCAGUGUGCUGUACUUCCUGUUCCUGGUAUUCCUCCUCUUCCUGAACUUCGAGCAGGUUAAGUCCUUAAUGUACUGGCUAGAUCCAAAUCUGCGAUAUGCCACAAGGGAAGCAGAUGUCAUGGAGUAUGCUGUGAACUGCCAUGUUAUCACUUGGGAGAGGAUUAUCAGUCAUUUUGAUAUAUUUGCAUUUGGACAUUUCUGGGGCUGGGCCAUGAAGGCUUUGUUGAUCCGUAGUUAUGGCCUCUGCUGGACAAUCAGCAUUACUUGGGAGCUAACUGAGCUUUUCUUCAUGCAUCUUCUGCCCAAUUUUGCCGAGUGCUGGUGGGAUCAAGUCAUUCUGGACAUCCUCUUGUGCAAUGGUGGCGGCAUCUGGUUGGGCAUGGUCGUUUGCCGAUUUUUAGAGAUGCGGACUUACCACUGGGCAAGCUUCAAGGACAUCCACACCACCACCGGGAAAAUCAAAAGAGCCGUGCUCCAGUUCACCCCUGCUAGCUGGACCUACGUGCGAUGGUUUGACCCCAAAUCUUCAUUUCAGAGAGUGGCUGGAAUAUACCUUUUCAUGAUCAUCUGGCAGCUGACUGAGUUGAAUACCUUCUUCUUGAAACAUAUCUUUGUGUUCCAAGCCAGUCAUCCAUUAAGCUGGUGUCGAAUUCUCUUUAUUGGCGGCAUCACGGCUCCCACAGUGAGACAAUACUAUGCUUACCUCACUGACACACAGUGCAAACGUGUGGGAACACAAUGCUGGGUGUUUGGGGUCAUUGGUUUCCUGGAAGCUAUUGUUUGCAUAAAAUUUGGACAAGAUCUCUUCUCUAAGACCCAAAUACUCUAUGUCGUGCUUUGGCUUCUUUGUGUGGCUUUCACCACCUUCCUGUGUCUGUAUGGCAUGGUUUGGUACGCAGAGCACUAUGGUCACCGAGAAAAGACCUACUCAGAGUGUGAAGACGGCACCUACAGUCCAGACAUCUCCUGGCCUCACGGGAAAGGCACCAAAGGUUCUGAAGACAGCCCACCCAAGCAUCCAGGCAACAACGAAAGCCAUUCUUCCAGAAGAAGGAAUCGACAUUCCAAGUCAAAAGUCACCAAUGGAGUUGGAAAGAAAUGAAAGACCCUGGUUAAUUAAAGAUGUUCCAGAGAGUGCCUAGAACUGAGAGGGAAACGGAAUCGUUUGGACCUCCCUGUUAGGAGGUCAAAACACAUGCAAAUAGGUAGAGGAGUGGGGACUCUGGGGCCAUUAUUUGAGAGUGUAAGUCUUGUUUCCAACAGACCCAGCCUCAUCGGGCCGAUCAUUGCCUGGGGUCCUUUGCCAGUUUGGGGUCUCUUCUAACUUCAGCACUUGGCAUGCGGUCACUGGUAGCAGUUCAGUGUGUUCGAAGGAAAAGGUAGCUAUGUACUCAGAGUUGCCAAGAGCAGCUUUGUGCUUGUGUGUAGUAUGGACGCAGAUUAAACAUCUUCAUUCAGAAGGGGCAUUGACUAUACAGUAGUGGACUGAUCACCAGUUCUCAUUUUUAUGACUCUGCCUUUCCAUGUGAUUGGUUUAAGUUUAGGCCACUUUUCUGUCUUUUAUUUCGUUGUUAUUUGUUUUUAAGUUAGGACGCAUAAAAGCCUUCAGAUGCCACUGCUGAAAUUGAACUGGAGGAGGCCUCUCCGCUCUUCUAGAGAAACAAAGGGGAGAGUUUUUGUGUUACCAUUUAGCAACCUCAUCCCGUUUUAGGACCUUACACCAUACGGCGGGGGUAAACCUGUCCCAGGAAAGGCUAGCUACCUGCAUAGGAUCCUAGGCUUCAGAUCAGAACCAUUUUUGUUCCAUUACAAAUGUGAUUUGUCCAGACUUAUCCACAGUGCACACAAGUCAGCCUGUUCGAGAGGCAGUGCCCACCGUGGCCUCUCCCUCCAGCCAGGUGCCUUUUAUAGUUGGUUUGGGUUCCUCCAUGGUGUGUUGCUGACAUGUCUUUUAGUCCCAUGUGAGGUGCUGGUGAGUAUUACCUUUCAUCGUGCCAUGCUCUAGAACAUUUACCUGAUAGUUCACCACCUCUGAUGAAUCCCUGUUUUAAAUAAAACAAUUCACAUUAAAGCCCAUCAAAGAUCUGUCUCCAUCAAAUGGUCAUUUCUCUGCAUCUUUAUGGUAUUUUCCACUGCUCUUAGGCAAGCACUGUAUUUUUCAGGUGACUUUAGGAUAAUCUGAAUGUGUAUGUGUUUUAUAGUGAGAAGAAAAAAUGUAUUUUGGAGGGCUUACCCACACAUAGUCCUGUUUCCUGACCUCCCAAGUGAUCAAUAAGAAAUGAACAAGAUAGUCAUUGUUUUCUUUACUAUGUUAAUGGUUACAUCUACCAAGUUGGAUUUUUUUCUCUAACAAGUGGCAGGUACCCAGCUAAUUGGCUUAUAGAUGUAAACUUGCUAAAAGCAAUCCUUUUGUUCCCUCAUUUCACAGAGCACAGAAAUGUCCAUGUCUUUUCCCCCUUUAAGGAAAUCUUUAACCAUAGAAGUGUCAUGUUUUUCUUUUUCUGCAAAAGAAUUCCGGGGUGAAGGUGUUGAAUGAAUCAUGCAAGCCGGGGUCACGUCCUGUGCUCUGGGCCUCUAGUGACCACUUGGUUGAGAGCCUCAUGCAGACCUGCUCCAGCAGCCGGACACGUUGCUAGCGGAGAGGCGUCAGCAGGCACUCGGCCGGCACCAUGGCUGAGGGAGUCAGCUGUGAGGGUCCCAGUCCCGACAGCAGCCCCAUCCUUCCCAGGGAAGAGAGGCAAGCAGGCUUGUUUCAUAAACCCCCUUGCACUUGUAUAACCCAUCAGAGGCCUUUUGAAACAUAGGUACAAUGUAAACAUUAUUUUAGUUUGAAAGUAGGUGAGUUUAUUUUGUUUGUCCCUGCAUCUUGCUUUCCUGAGCACUGAGUGCUCCUGUAUGUCAUAUAUAUCGUAUACCCCUACUCUCUGUCCUCAUGCCUGGGCCGUGUCACUGAGUAUUUUCGAGUUCAUUUUCCAGGAGAGUUGGCCUGCCACUUUAACACUCCUCCGGUUGAUAGCGCAGCCGGACUGAUGGAGCGUAUUUCCUCUCUCCAAGGCCGGCGGAGAGGGAGGCACCUGUUUUUAGGAUGUGGUGACUUUGACUUUCCUGUGGGAUAUGCGAAAGCAAAGUGCACAUGAGGUAAUUUUUCCUCGUGGCUUUGUCUGAAACAGCCAGGAAAGUCCUCAGACGCUUUCCUUGGCCUUUCUUUGAGUGUAAACUUUUUGUUCCCUUUCAGUAAGAGCUCUUGACUGCAGUGGUUUCAAACCCAGUGCUUUGCAUGACUGGCCAGAACCACAGCUGCUGUUCCUCCUAGAAACCAUAUUGCUGGGUUUGGCCUACUUUUUCCACCCGUUUCUAUGGAAAUGGACCUCACAUUGAUGGAAAUAGAAUACAUGUUUCAGAGUCAUCAUUUCAUAUCGGAAAUGAUUCAAAUGCAAAUUAUGUCACAUUCACCAUUUACAAACUGCCCUCUUAAAAGACACCAUUAUUUUGGAUGUAAUGCGCAAAGAAUGUUUUAUGUAUCUUUCUCCUAAGUAGCAUUGCAGUGAGUGUUAGAUAUUUUUCCCUUUUUGUCAUUCUUGGCCUUUCCCUGCUGUUCUUUGUGUCUGUUUUCACCAUUUGUAAAAGCCUUGCCCAAACUGCUCCCACAGCAAUGCUAGGACGUUUCAUUGACCCAUUCAGCGUUUCGAUGAUGAAAGACAUCCUAUAAAUGCCAGUCUUAUUUUCUCUAGGACUGCGUCUAUAGUGGGUGCGUGAGUAAGGUACUCACCCAGGAGAAAUAAAAUGAAGUUCUUUACCAAACACAUCAGGUUUGGCCCGAUUGGUCUUCCCUCCGAAGCUGCUGCACAGCGUCUCCGCAUGGUAGCUCUUCUAGUCAAGGAUCACACUUUGGAGCUGGACCCUUGGGUUGUUUUAUUUGUUCGUAAUAGUGCCCUCAGUCAGGCCCUUUCAGGGGAGAGGAUGGACACAGAAGGGGAGGCUAAACACAGGGUGGAAAAGAAAAAGAUUGACCAUUGGAAACCAGACUAAAUGAGCACUUCAAACACCGGCGACUUAACUUGCGUGCCCUUUGGAUUAUGCUCGCUGACUGCUGUGGCAUUCGUGGGCCCACCACAGAGUUGACCAUGUGGGCUUCACUUACGGCAUUCUUAUUGUCAUAACUAGGAAUCCCACAGGUAGCCUGCUGCUAUCCUCACUAUAUUUCCCAUUUAUAUGACUGAAAUCAAGAUGUAAGAGCCAAGACUUCUGUUGAGCAGUGUUUCAUUACAGAUGCAUCUCCCUCCUUCAUAUGUGUGUGUGCGUUGCAAGGGUUGUAUUUGGGAUUUGGUUCUUUGCAAGGGUCAGCAUUAGUAAUGGCUAAGACCAAUGGGCAGCACGAUCUUGUUGCUAGCCCAUAAUAAUUAGAUUUUUACAACCUUUCCCUUUUAUCACAUUUUAUUCCAAACCUGAUGCAACAACUAUCACAGCUAAAGGUUGCAAAAUUCUUAAAUUAAACUUUGGUAUUGUCUUUGAUGCAAUAAA